AAGGGAAGAUAACCGAGAUAAGCCGCGCAUAUAUAAUUUCAGUACGCCAGAAUCUCAGUUCGCCCAAGCAUGGAGAUUAAAGUAUCGAUAAGCGAACUGAUAGAGCAAGUUUAUAGCAUUCAGUUGAGAAUAGCAGUGAGUGAUGACGCUGUGUAGUGAAUUCUCUCCAGCUUAAACCUUUGUUUAACAAUUAUAUCACUGUUUCUUGGAUUUAAAAACUGGUCCGUGUCUUUCUCCUGUGCCCUGUGCUCGUGGAUUAUACCUUUUCAUUUACCGUUAUAUUUUGACCCGAAGAGGUCAUGGCGCAUGUGGUAUUAGGCGUUUGAAGGGGUCACAGCGCACUGACCUUUGGUAGCGGUGUUCAUAUGUUGUUACGUUAUUCAAUAGAACAUAAUAAUAGUGAAUGGAAGAAAAAUCUCAUAUUCAGUGAGAAUUUCAGAAUGUCCAGACGAAAACAAUCUAAUCCAAAGCCGCUAAAAUUGUCUGCAGAAUGUCCCUCAGAUUCACAAUCCAAAAACCGAAUAGCUGUCACUGGUGACAAUGAUAGUGAUGAUGUCACAGAUAAAGAAACUAAGCAUCAGGAUGAUGCAAGAAGUGAUAAUGGUGAGGAUGAUGAAGAUGAUCAAGAGCCCAAACCAAAAAGAAUCAAAAUCAAGCAAGAGAUCGACACUGAUUCUAUACCACCUGAUUAUGAAAUUCAAAAUGGUUAUCGUGAAGCAAGCUUACAAAACAAUGCGACAUCUGAUAACUGUAAUCAAGUGGUACCAACAUCACCAAAUUGUAUGAUGGAAGGACUAUUAAGUCAUCUCCAACUACCUAGUGAUGUGUUACAUCUAAAACGUAUUGAGGUUAAUGUCGAUAACAAUCCUACCUAUGGUUGGGUGGUGUGUAGCGGUAUCCCUCUACCAAAGGGUAGUAGUCUCGGUCCAUUUCAAGGAGACAUAAUCUCAACUGAAAAAGUUCAAAUGGGAGAUCUGAUUUUACAGUUUACAAGUAGUGGAGGUAAACAAGCCUUUGUUAAUGUAUCUAAUCAAUCUGGUGCUUGGUUAACUUUAUUACGUCAGUCAACAGAUUCAUCUUGUUGUAAUACACAAGUUCAUCUUAAUGGUGGAAGAAUAUGGUGUCAAGUGGAAUCUGAUUUAGAUAUUGGAUCUGAGCUGAUUGCUUCCUUUACGUUUCAUGUAGAAGGGGAGGAUGAGAUAAGAAAUAAAUCACCUGAUUGUAAUAGUCAGGAUGAACAAUGUUCUAGUCCUGUUAUAUCUAAAGUAUCACAACCUAUAAUAAAACAACCAUCAUCUAAACCUACAUCUACAUCAGGUCAUGCUGCCUUGAUCUUUGGUUGUCCAUUUUGUGGGGUGAGGUUUAGUAGUCCAAGAACUUUAGAAGGCCAUAUUGCUUUUUACUGUUCAAGAAAACCUCCGUCACAACCUCCGCAAGAAUCUCAUCAAGAAGAUUCCACAGAACCAAUCAAACUAGAAACGGUUCCUGAAGAAAAUGAAGAUGAAGUAGAAAAGGAAUCAACGGCAAUGAAACGAUCAGCAGAUGACGAUUCUAAUUCCUCAAUUGAAACUCCAAUGGCCAAGUUUCCAAAACCAGAACAAAUCUCCUAUCAGUGUACCUCCUGUUCUUAUACAGCUGAUAAAAUCUCCAGUCUCAAUCGACAUCGUAGGAUUCAUAAUCGUCCUCCCCAGAGUCCUCAGUCUCCACAACCAAGUCCAUCUAUGGUGUCUGCUGACACUUACUGUCAACAAUGUAACAUACAGUUCUCUUCCUUUAAUACAUUUAAAGCUCAUAAAGAAUUCUACUGUUCUCAAAGAGCACCAAAACCUCUGAAGAACCUGGAAAUUAGAACAGAACAAAAUUCAGAUGAUUCUUCUCAGUCAUCUGUUUCUCCACAAAUAUCAUCUGCAGACCAACAUAGAAUGCUGUCUCCCAGAAAUCAACUCAUGAUGUCUUCUAAAACAAGGCUACCGGCUUCAAUCAAUGGUACCAGUCCUGUAUUAGCAGAACAAACUGUUAUAUAUACACCAGUGGUUGGUGCCGAUGGCAAACCCAACAUGAUGCCAACUUUAUUAGUUCAACCUGUUGUGUCAGUACCACGACUACCAGAGUUACCAAAUAUUAAAGCUGCUCAUUGUCAUGAUAAAGAUAGAUCUGUAUCUCCUGCUAGUACUACCGAAGAUCAACCCUUGGAUCUGACCACACCCAAACCUCUGAAGGUCAAACCUAAAACACUGAAGAGUCCUUUAAAAAGUGAAAGUCCAAAUAAAGAAAGAAUCUCACCUUUAAGUGAUCGUUCUUCCAAGUCUUCUUCUCCACCAAGAACUGCUAGUAUACCAAGCACCAUGAUUCCUCCCUUACCACCACCAGCUUUUCUGUCCAAUGUCAUGCCAAACUUCUUCCCAUUUUCAUUAAAUCCAUCGACUAGUGCUAUGAGUCUGCCUAAUCCUGGUGUGAGUAAAUGUACCGAUUGUAAUAUUGUGUUUUAUAAACGAGAAAACUAUCUUAUACAUAGACAACAUUACUGUUCAGGUAAAAAAGUUGCCCAACAACAGUCUCCACCGCCUGCUGUCCCUGAGGUUAAACAAGAAUUAAAGUCACCAAAGAGAACUAACACAACUUCAACCAGCAGUUCCCCUGAUAAAACAACAACUAAUGAUAUAAUUGAUGACAUCACUUACAGAUAUUUUUGUGUUCCAUGUAAAAUUAAAUUCAGUUCAGUAAGCACUUUAUCGGCCCAUAAAGAAUUUUAUUGUCCACAUGGGAAGGACAGUGAAAAGACCAUGGUUGCUCAACCACCAUCAGUAGGUGACAUAACAGAAGAGAAUCCAGUUAAGUCAUCACCAGAAUCAGAAUCAAUUGAUAUGCAAUGUGACCAAUGUGAUAAUACAUUUGCUUCCUUGCGUUUGCUAAAACUCCACAUCUGCUCCUUUGACAAAUCCAAAUUGUCUUUUCUGCGAUGUGCUCAUUGUGAUUAUGUGACCCAAACAGAAACACGCAUGACAGAUCAUAUGAAAGUUCAUGCGCCUACUCGAUCCUUCCGAUGUACAAUAUGUGGUUACAGAGGAAAUACUAUAAGAGGAAUGCGUAUGCAUGGAAAAACACAUAUAGAUAAUGGUGAAGAAUUCACAGACGACAAUAUGUUAGAAUACAGAGAGCCUCCAUUAGUUCCUAUUGAUUCUAAUGGACACAAUGUAGCAGCUUCUCAUCUCGAUUUAGAAUCAGAACUCUUGCGCAUCAAGAAUGAACCUUACAAACGCAGGAGAUCACGCAAAUCAUUUGAGAAAAGUGAAAACAUGGGUUUACAGAUUCAGCAAUGCAGUGUGUGCGGUGAAACGUUUGCCAACUCAAACUAUCUCAGUGUGCACAUGAAAACUCACAGUGUUUCUGCUACAUGUACUAAAGCUAAACUAGAAUGUGAACAGUGUGAUUUUAUUGGUAAAACGGUUAAAGAUCUGGCUUGUCAUCAGGCUCAACAUGAUGAUGUUAAUGAUAGCGGGCAGGAGAACACAGAUCCUAACUCAACACCAUCACCUACCCCACCAUCACCUAGACCUAUUCCUAUCAAACAAGAAGUGAUGGAUAAGGAUUAUGAACUUGCCAUCAAAAAGACUGAGACUUUGUCAGAAGAAACUAAGGAAAGUAGUGCUACAGAAAGUCUUCCAGUUAUAAAACUAGAAGCUAAAGAAAUAAUAUCAAGUCCAUCUGCUAAAAAACCCAAGGAAUCUCCAACAAGACCAAAGAGUGUAGACUCCUCUUCAGAGAUGUGCAAUAGUGAUGUGGGGUCAACAUCAGAAAAUAUGUUACCAUAUUUAAUCAUUCCAAAUACAUCUUCAUUAUCUUCACCUGUUCUACUUUCUGCUCCUUCCUUACCUCAAGGUCCUAAAUACUGUCGUAACUGUGAUAUAAGUUUUACCUAUCUCUCGUCUUUUCUUGCACAUAAAAAAUAUUAUUGCACAGCCAAGGCACCAGAAAAAGUCAGUCCAUCAGCUUCAGCAUAACCCUGUUUCUUAUAACUUAUAUGAAAUCUUGUCAUUUUUCAGGAAAAAAAAAAUAUUUUCAAUUGUCAUAUUAUUUUAAUGACUUAUUUAGAAACAAAAUUAUUUUUCAUUAAUAUUGAAUUUGUAGCCAAGUCUGUAUUUUCUGAAAUUUGUUGACGUUUUCUAUUCUCUCAGCAAGUAUUUUUUUCUUAAAACUGGUAUAAUUUUCUCUGCUUAUAAUCAUCUUUUUUAGAGUUGUAGGAAAUUUGACUUCUUUCAAAUUUUGUACAUGUAAUCAUUCCAAGUUCUUCUAAUUUGUGAUUGGUGCCAUAUUGAUUUGUUAAAGUAUUAUUGUACUAUAUAUAUUUAGUGCCAUAUUUAUGUAACUGUUUUAUGUAUGUAAUGUACGUGUCUUCUAUUUUACCAGCAUUAGUGAAUCUGAUUUUGUUGAUAAUAAAGAGUAAUCU